AUGUCCAGUUCAGCAGGAUUCGAUAGACACAUCACAAUCUUCUCACCAGAAGGGAGAUUAUAUCAAGUAGAAUAUGCCUUCAAAGCAAUUAAUUCUGCAAAUAUUACAUCAAUGGGUAUCAGUGGUAAAGAUUCCGCCGUAUUAAUUUCUCAAAAAAAGAUUCCUGAUAAAUUACUUGACCCAAAAACCGUAUCAUAUAUAUUUCAAAUCACUCCAAGUAUUGGAUGUGUAGCCACUGGUUCAAUUGCCGAUGCUAGAUCCCAAGCACUUAGAGCAAGAGCAGAAGCUACUGAGUUUAGAUAUAAGUAUGGUUAUGAAAUGCCGGUGGAGAGUUUGGCUAAAAGAAUGGCCAAUUUAUCUCAAUUGUAUACUCAAAGAGCAUAUAUGAGACCUUUGGGGGUUGCAUUAACAUUUUGUCAAGUUGAUGUGGAUGAAGGGAAAGGUCCUCAGAUUUUUAAAUGUGAUCCAGCGGGUUAUUAUACUGGUGUGAAGGCUGUAUCUACUGGACCUAAACAACAAGAAGCAACUACUUAUUUGGAAAAGAAAUUUAAGAAGAUUGAUCAUAUUAAAGGAGAUUGGAAAGAAACAGUUGAAUUUGCUAUAAUUGCAUUAAGUUCAGUUAUUGGAACUGAUUUUAGAAAGAAUGAUAUUGAAAUUGGUGUGGCUACUAAUGAAGGAUUUAGAAUUUUAACUGCUGAUGAAAUUGAUGAAAGAUUAGUAUCGAUUGCUGAACAAGAUUAG